AUUCGGCGGUCAAGUGUGACGCGGUGGGCGUCUUGCCGAGGCGCCAAUCGGGCCGCGUCUCGUUACGGGAGGCCGCGUGGUGGGGGCGAGGUGGCGUAUCGGGAGUGUGGGUAUCGUUCGAGCGCAGUGUCCCUGGAGACGCGACGUUGGUUGCUCGAUUUUCCUUUACCCUUCCGGUUUUCCACUGCUCGCGGUUUCCGGCCGCGUGCGCUUAUACCACGGUGUCGCUUCCGGUCCGCGGACGAAAAACUCGCCGAUCAUCUCGUCUCGGGAUCGUAACGGCCACUCCGCCACGCGCUAUUUUCGAGCAGGGAAUCGGGCGGAGAGAAUCGGAUGGCGAGAGAUGGAUGGAUUUUCGAAUCCCGCCGGAAGGGGUGAGAUUUGGACGGUGACGUAGACGGGUCUCGACGGUCUUUUCCGAUCGAUCGCUUCGGAUUCGAUGGAAUGGAAGAUUUUUAGAUUUUCGGUCUCGAGUGUUGCGCAAGGAUUACCCUUUCCUCCCCUCGUUCGUUGUUAUUCGAAAAUGGUAGAAUCCCUCGAAUUUUGGAGCAAUUUUACGAAAGAAGAAUCGAUUAGAUUUUGAGGAAACGGAUCUUUUCGGAUCUGCCAUUUUGGAAUAGAACGGGUGUUUCAUUCUUCUUCUUCUCUUUUUUUGUUCCCUUUCCCCGAGAAAAUUACUGAAAUUGGUGAAAAAUUGUCUGAGUGGCUACCAGGGGGGGGGGGGAGAAACGAUUAGUGAUUGCACGACAAGUCGAUCGUUGCAUCGACCGAAAAUUGAUCUGGAACGUUGAAAUUUUGUGUAAAAGUGAACAUCGAGGAAGGAGAGAACUAUGGAUUUUUCGAAUGGACUGUAAAUCUCUGUGAAGCAUGAGAGGGGGCAAGACUUUUUGAAGAGUUUUCAGUGACUUGCGGGGAUAUUGUUCCAGCGUUCAAGAUUCUGUUCGACGUUCUUCAUGCGAUAAAAGACCGCCCUUUGUUGUCUGCGCACUCCUCGUCCUUCUUCUCGUGGCUCUCGAUUCUCAGAACACCUUUCUCUCUCUCUCUCUCUCUCUCUCUCUCUCUCUCUCUCUCUCUCUUUCUCUCCCCUUUUCUCGCGAAUCUCGUUAAUUCGAACCGCGAAUUGGGAUAACGUCGCGUUCUUACGUGUCGAGGGGAGAGAGAAAUUUCUUUUUUCAAAAAUUUGGAGGGAAAAUAAUUCGAAUAGCAUCCUCGAAAAAGAAUAUUCUCAGAAUUCGCGAAUACUUUUUGUGGAGCAACUCCCUCUCAACCCGAGGGAGAUGCUUAAAGAAAGGGAUGGACUUUAUUUAGCUGAUAAAAAAGAAAAUUCCCCAUGGACGACGAUCCACGAUCGUGAAUGAAACGAUGAGCGGAACGAGGAUCCUCGAUAAUCCGAGAUAACGCUCCAACGCGAUAACGCCGUUUGCAAGAGGGAGAGAGAGAGAGAGAGAGAGCGGGAAGGGAUGUGAGGAACCGUGGAAGAAAGAUGCGAGGGGAAGAAGAAGGAAGGGAGGAAGCUAACUAGUGGAAUUCGAUCAAGAGGGAGGGGGAGGAAUCGCAGUCGAGAGGGGUUGAGAGGAAUUCGAGAAGGGAAGAGAUGCCUCGACCGUCGAGGGACACUUACGGCGACCAGAAGCCGCCAUAUUCGUACAUCUCGUUGACAGCGAUGGCGAUAUGGUCGUCGAGGGACAAGAUGCUGCCGCUGGCCGAGAUCUACAAAUUCAUCGCCGAUCGGUUCCCCUAUUACAGGAAGGACACUCGAAGAUGGCAGAACUCGUUGAGGCACAAUCUGUCCUUCAACGAUUGCUUCAUCAAGGUGCCAAGGGGGCCCCACCGUCCUGGCAAGGGCGCCUACUGGGCUCUUCACCCGGCAGCCCUCUCCAUGUUCGAGAAUGGCUCCCUUCUACGGCGCAGAAAACGUUUCAAGCUGCACAAACCCGAUAAGGAGUUGUUGAAAUCCGAGCUUCAGGCCUUGGCGUCCGCCAUGCCGCCUCCUCAUUCCGAAUCCUCGCCCGUCCUGUCGAUAAAUCCUAACGCGCAGACGAGCAGUCUCACCGUUGCCAAUCUUCAUCGUCUUCGCGACGAUUUGCUCCGUUGGGAGUUGCAGGAGCGCCGCCUAGCCAUGACUUCAGGCGGCAACAGUUCGCCAAGUUUCACCACGCCCGAGGCUGGAUCAAGCUACUAUCUAUUGUCACCAGAGGUUCGACAGAGACUGGCCGGAACGGACGAGAUCCUUCGCGGUUACGAGAGCAACCUGUUGCAGGCAGGAAGUUGGAGUUUUCCAGGCUUCCAGGUGUCCCCGUACGUGUCUCAGCUCUCCUACUUUCAGACAGACAUACCGGAAAGUAGACAGAUCUGUGCUGGAAACGCAGAGGCUGGUGUCACCGAAAAGACUGACUCCAGGCUUUUCCUGGAGACCGCGAGAGGCGCCACGAUCGAGUCUGCCGAUGGUAAAGUUCGUUGUCCGCCGUUGGAGGCUGGAAUUUCCAAUCAGACGAGCAUCCAACCCGGCCAGAAGAAGAAGAAGAAACCGUUCACCAUCGAGAAUAUCAUCGCGCCGGACGAUGAACAGAUUUCGAGUAAUUCCGAGGACGAGAAGAGAUCUUCGGGCCAUCUUCUGGUACCUAGACCACUUUACGCCGGAUUCUCGUUUGGCCUGCCCACGAGUAAGGUCCCAUACGAGACUGCCACCUGAAUUUACUAGAUUCGACUAGUGUCUAGUGGAUAAUUCGAAGCGAACUGGAACGCUGGUGGCGUGACGAUCGACGUUCAGACGAGGCGCUAGUGGAUAUACAGAUUCUGGUGAUGAAUGAAACUAACGGAUCCUGUUUGUGCGCUUCUCUCUCUCUUUCUCUCUCUUUCUAUCUCUGUCUCUCGUGUUCUCGAGAAGAUUUUUUUCGAGCGUGGAAAGGAAGGGAAGACUUUUCUGGUGGUGUGAAACUAUGAAUCGAAAUGUUUCAAGAGGUUUUGCUUUUGGAAUUGAGGAAAUAUCGAGGAAAUGACCACAGGAGGUUCCUCUUUUAAACUUGAUUGAAUAGAUAUCCUGAGGUAUUAUUUCGAUUACUUAUAAAAUAAUACGUAUAAUUCUGAUCGAUUUGCUGUUUCUAUUCGAACAGAGAAUUUGAUAAAUUUUUCAGAUUUUUUUUUAAAUAGUGUCUGUUCAUGUAAAAUGAGAUAUUGUGGCAACGAUUCUGUAGAUUAUUGGUGUAAUACAGUUUGUAUGGCAUGUUUUUAAGUCUGAAAUUAGGAAGAGUAUAAAAAUAAUGGUAUUUAAUCGUAGGUGAUUAUACAUGUUAUUUAAAUCACUUUUGUGCAAAAUAAAUUGGACAAAUGGUCAUAGUGAUCAAGCUAAUACAAUAUUUUAUUAGAAUUAAACGUUUGUAUAGGUAUAUGUAUAUACUUACGUAUAUGUAAACCUUUAUAAAUUCUUUAAAAAUUCUUAAUCCACAUAACUUAUCUUAAAAUUCUUGUUAUGGAUUAUUAAUAUUCAGCUGGUUGACUGGUCAAUUAGAAACAAUGGAUAAACUAAUUGAAUAAGCAGAGUAAGAGUUACUUUCUAAAGAAGUAUGUGAAAAUUUUGAAAGUUAUAAAUUUAUACUCAAUAAAUUUGUACGGAUAUUGGAUCAUUGCUUAAAAAAACGUUUCUAAUUGAAAAUUAGAAAAGAUUAGAGUCGAUAUAAUUUUUUUACUGAGAUUUUAAUAUUUAAAUUAUAUCAAUGUGUUAAAAUAUAUUUUAAAUUUCAUUUUUUUUUAUUUAUAAAUUUGUUUACGAGUCAUAAAAUAAUCAGUGCAAAAUUUAACUGACGGUACUGCUAAUGGUAAGUCUUCUCUUUUUCCUUUCGAUGGAACUUAAUUAAGUUUUUUAGCAUGAAAUAUCUUGAGAAAGAUGAAUAUAAUAAUACUAAACGUAAUUUAAAGGAAAUGAUAAAAUUUAUUAAUGAUGCAAAGAAAUGAAAUACGGUGUUCGAAAAUUAUUUGACAGAUUAAAUGAUAAAAUUAAAAUAAAAAUAAAAAUUUGUAAUAGAAUAAAGAAAUAAAAUUAUUAUCUAUAUAUUAUAAUUCUUCCAUAGAUUGGUAAUUCGUUUUCCACCGCACAACAAAAAUGACAAUCCUGUAGAUAUUUCAAAUUUUUCUUAUAAUAUAUCGGCAUUAAAUUAAAAACUUAAUAAUCAAAGAUAUUUGUAUAAUUUGAUGUAUAAUUUUCGAACACAGAUAAUGAUAAAUCGAGCAUAAUAUAUUUAAUAUUUAACAACGUAUAUGCAUUUAACAAGCAACGACAUUUUUGCCUGUGUAUCAUUGUAACAUUUUAUAUUCGUUUUAUAACGAAGAAACUUACUUAAGCACAAGGAGUAUGAGAUUUAUUAAAAAAAAAAGAAAAAAUGAAAAAAAAAAGAAAAAAAAAAGAAUAAUUAACAAGGCACUUACAAAAUUCUCGAAGUCAUUUAAAAUUAUUUGAAAAACAAAGAAAAAAAUAAAAAAAUAUAUUAUUAAAGUAGCGAGUCCAAACGUACAAUAAAAUAUUUUACAAAAACACAAGAUAUUAUUUACAGAAUAAAAGAAGGAAUGUGCUAUAACAUAAUGCAGAAUAUUUAGAAAAUGUAUCUAAAAAACAGUAUAUCAUUGAAAAGUAUAUCAAUCUUAUAUAGUUGCUCGAGUGAAAGUAUUACAAAUUAGAAAAAUACUCGAGUACAAAAAACUAUUAUAUCUGAUGAUAUUUGAAAAUAUUUGACUCACGAUAUUUGACUAACGAUAAAGUUGAGUUUAACUAUAUAUUUUCAGUGAUUGCAAAUAUUAAGUUAAACAAAAUUUUUAAAAUAACCAGAAAAAUUUUCUAAAAUUAGAUACGUAUAUCAUACGAGAACUGAUCAGAUGAUACUAAUGUAAGAAAUACCAAAUUAAUUUAUAUUUAAUUGUAACGAAUAUAAACAAUUUUAUUUCGUAAUAUUGUUAGUUAUAAAUUUUUAAAUUAUCCUGAAAUUAAUGGGAAAAAAAGUUUUGUUGAAUAAUUUCAAAUUAAUAUAAAUCGACUUAAAAUUGAUUAUUUUCUGCCUAACCUAUUAACCAAUUAACUUAUAUCUUAAUACCCAUAAGAUGAAUGUAUCAAUGUUAAUUUUUUGAAGAGAAUGAAAUUUUUAGUACUAUUUGAUCGAAUCUCCUAUUCUGAAAAUUGCUUAUUUAUCUUCGAGUAACAGAAGAAUUCUUCAAUAUGAUUAAAGGAGGAACGUUGAAUGCGUGAGAAUCGGCAAGUUUGUAGCUCCUAUUUACUAACUAAAACCAACAUUACAUACUCACGAAGCACCAACGAAUCAAUAAACAUGAACAUACCUUCCAUUAAGCGAGCAAACAAGCAUAAGAACAGUCAAUUCGCUUCACAUUUAUGAUUUUCUUUAUUGAUAUUCGAUUUCAAAUUCUGAUUUCAACAAACUUUCAAGUACUAUUUAAACAAACGUAUGACAGCAGUUAUGCGAAGUAGCGUGGGAUGCGCAAAAGUCUCUCGUUUCUUGCGCAUUGCGUCGCAUUGAACUUCACGUGAAACUUUAUUGAUGCGAAUUUACAUUGCUAUAAAGAGAUUAUAAAUGAUAUUAAAUAACAAUUUAAAAUUGAUAAUAGAUGAUAAAUUAUAAUGUAUUUUCCGAUUAUUUGUGUUUGGAAUAGUGAUAUACUCAUUUGUUCAAGUUUGUUCGUGCUCAUUUGCGUUUGUUCGUUAGGUGUAAAUGCGGCGUAAUAGUCACGCUCUGUCGUCCAUUAUGCAUAAUUGCGUGUCUAAUCUAGUUAACGUAAAGUCCUCCUACACUAUCGAAAUAACGUUUCCUCUUCGAUAUGUGAAAUGAAAUUUGUAUUUAUUGAGCUUUAUUUAUAUGUGUUAUAUUGGUUGGGGAUUUAGAAAGAGUUCUAUUAAAUAAAUGUGUAGGAAAAUUUAUAAAAAAUUUUGAAAUUAUAUAUAUAUAUUACAAAUUUUGAUUCAUAAUUUUCAAUAACUAUUAUAUGACGUGUUAAAAGAAUGUCACGUUUGAAGAGGAAUUCGAUGGAAUUAGAGUCAAUAAAGGUAAAUAUCUUAAUUUUUCGAUUCGAGUCACACAAUUGCAGAAAAAUAUUCGUGCUCUUUAGUUUAAAAAAAUAAUUGCACGUUUUUUCGAAAAGAAAGAAAUUUAUUUUUCAUUUGUAAAUAGUUUAAAUCUAUUUUCCAUUAAAUUCAAUGAAACAGAUUUUAUAUGCUUUUUUUUUUAAAGUUUUUCGUUUAUAUAUUCAGCUUAUUCUCGAUUUGCACAAUUUUUAAUUAACGAGAUCAACAAAUUUUAUAUAAAAAAAAUUAAAUACUUCGUUACAGUUAAUAACACAGAUUGAAAAUUAUGUGUAUACGUAUAAGAAAAAUGUUGAAAUUGUAGAUAAUUAUAUUAAUAACUAAGAAUUACACAACAAAUCGUUUUCUUUCUUUCAUUCUUGCUUCUUGCUUUCUUUAAAUCGGAAUACGGAUUUCGAUCGUUCUUUGUUAGAGAACAAAAGUUACUUGCAGAAUUGUGAAACGUAAAUUUCGUUAUUUUAACGGGAUCACGUGCGAAUCCAUUGAAAGGAAGUUCAUCCAUUGUGCGAACGACUCGUAAAUGAUCUACAAGCGUAAUAUAAUUAAUGUACUCGAUCGUACUCUCACGAAGAUACCCGUAAAUGUAAACAUUGCUUCGUGGUUAAAUAAAUUAUUGUAUAUAUCUGAAAAAAAA